AUGGGCGUUCGGGGGCGGGGCUUCGCCCCAGGGACGCCCCUUCUGGUCUGUGGGUGUGUCUGGGUGUCUAAGCCAAUAAGAGUGCGGGGGCGGGGCCUGGGUAAGAGCAGGAAACGGCGGCCGCGGCGGAGUCCCUGCCCUCCUGCCGCCAUGCUGCCCCUGCGCCUAUGCCGGCUGUGGCCCCUCAACCCUCCCAUGUGGUUCUUCGCAGCGGCCGCCCGGCAGCGGUCUGGCCCCAGUAACUACUAUGAACUCUUGGGGGUGCAGCCUGGUGCCAGUGCUGAAGAAGUUAAACGGGCUUUCUUCUCCAAGUCCAAAGAGCUGCACCCUGACCGGGACCCCGGGAACCCAGCCCUGCACAGUCGCUUUGUGGAGCUGAGUGAAGCAUACCAAGUGCUGAGCCGUGAGCAGAGCCGCCGCAGCUAUGACCACCAGCUCCGCUCGGCAGCUUCCCCAAAGUCUCCAGGAACCACAGCCCACCCCAGGUCUGCUCACCAGGCACACAGCAGUUCUGGGGCCCCCCACAAUGAACAAUACUGGGCCCAGUUUCAUAACGUGAGGCCUCAGGGGCCAGAGUCCAGGCAGCAGCAGCACAAACACAACCGGCGAGUGCUGGGGUACUGCCUCCUGAUCAUGCUGGCCGGGAUGGGCCUGCACUACGUCGCCUUCAGGAAGCUGGAGCAGUUGCAUCGUAGCUUCAUGGAUGAGAAGGAUAGGAUCAUCACAGCCAUCUACAACGACACUCGGGCCCGGGCCAGGGCCAACAGAGCCAGACUCCUGCAGGAGCAGCGGCAGAGGCAGCAGCUGCAGCCACCACCCGGGCCGCCCCAAGGCCCCGGGAUCGUGCCCCCGGGCCCCUGAGCGGCUCACCUUGGAGAGCUCUCCUUGGAUGGGGCCUGCAGGGUGCCCCCUUAUGGGACGCCCCACGCCCCAAAACGCGUGCAAUAAAGUGAU